AGUAUUUCUUUGUUUGUUUCCUUAAACGGAACAGAAAUUCUUGUGGUGUCCGAUUUUCUAGUAACUGCAUGCAUCACACUGUUGUAAAACAACGUGCUAUUGUUUGUAAGCUACCUAAACGAAAGAAAAAGAGUAAUCUGCCGAUGUUUCAUGGACAGACGCCAGGCACUAAGUAAUAGGGAGUUUUGGAAGAUUUGCGGCAGCAGAUCAAGUGGGGCGAAGAAAUAAAACGUUAAUGAGCUGAAAACGUGACUUACAUUGUGUAUAUGGUUUUAAUUGCUUCAAGUUGGUGUUAUUGAUUUUAUUUCUUUUGCUUUGUUGUGCAAGUAAGAUGCCAUUAUUCGACGAGAGAGUACUGUAAUUUCCUGCAUUAUGCUUAUGAGUAUCGGUUUAGCUAAUUUGCUUAGAGACUCCUAGUAAGCAGAGAUUACUAAUAACGAAAAUUAAAUGCGUGUAGUCUUGCGUGUUGUCAUUAGUGUUUACUUACAGUGAGACUUGAACAGUUUUAAUUUUCGCAUUGUUUUCAUUGUAGUAAAUGUUACAUCUCGCGCUGCUGAUAACUUUGGAAAUUUGGUACAAAAAUUAUUGCAAACAUACACCUUUUACCAGAUGUUGGCCUUGUGCCGAGGCAUAAUAAUGUUUCGUGUGGAGUCCUACAAGUGCAAACAGAUAGAACAGAAUGCAGAAACUUUGUAUUUUGCUUCCCAAUUAUUUUCUGGUAUAUAUCGUAGGUAGUGCUGACAUACUACCGUCAAUUUCUCCCCCCACCCCCUGCUCGCCGCUAAAUCUUAGGUGUGGUGACAGACUGAUCUGUAACGUAGCGCUUAGCUUAGGCACAAAGGUGUUAAUAAAGUUUAGAGUUGACCGAAGUCAACGAAUGUGUUCGUGAUAACAGUUUAAUCUGUGCCAUAAUGUUUGCGUUCGCGACAUGUUUAAACUCACAUUUCGUCAUAAAAACUACCGCUGUAAUGGAGAGCCAGAAAACUAAUAUAUAUUAUUAUGGACAAGUAUUCUGCGAGUACUUCGAUGCUACCGCUAGUAUUUCGGUGCUUAUUAUUCAUAUGUCAUACCUAAACCACGGAACAUGGAGAGUGGUGACCACUACGUAACUUUUACUCUACUUCGGUUGCGAUUUCGCGAAGUCAACAAGAUAACAAGAAUUUCUAUAAUUCUUGCAAUGGCUUGAAGUUACACGUAUUGGAUUUUAAUGAGUGUUAUUUAUGGUUUAAUUGCUGGUGGCUACACAGCUAUCAUUAAUCAUAAUGCUUUAAUGAGUAACAUGCUUGGAAAAUUCAGAGGAUUAUUCUGUUGCUCCCUAUUUGUAUGUAACUUUAAAAAAAAAUUUUUGUUAUUGUUGACUGCUUCUUGUCAAUUCUGAAACAUUUGGUGGAACUGAUGAGCCUCCCUGUUCCGUUGUUUCACCUACUCCUAUUACCAUAAGGAAGUUUUUUUAAGGUACUUUUUUAUGAACUUCACCUACUUUUGCUUUUCCUGUAGAGUAGUGUGUAAUGCUCCAUUCAUUAGUGAUUUCUGUUCUGUGAGCAAGUCCUUGUUGCUUGCAGUUUUUAUGAUCAACAGCUUCCUUAUUUGGGUGUUUGUAACACCACCCAUUGAGCAUAUUUAUCAGUAUCUGAGUCCUCUUCCAUUCAAGUUUUCUCUUUCCCCUUGCAUGCCCUUCUAAAACUGUUUCAAUAAUACCUCAGUAUACAGUAUGUAAAAAAUCAAAUUUCUUGUUUGACAUUCACCAAUGUCUAGUAAUUGCCAUUCAUCCCCAUCCUUCUCAGCAUCUCUUUGUUUGUCUAGCCAUUUAAUUUUUUCUGUUCUCUGCCAUGACAACAUUUUAGAAGCUACCAGCCUCUUCCUGCACUCCCUCCUUGUGUUUCAUGUUUUAGUGCUGUACAGUGUAUUACUUGAUUAAUAUGUAACUUUUAGGAUAUGCAGCAUUCCACUUCAUGAUAUGUUCUGAGACAUUUAAGACCCAAGCUGAGCCUUCAUAAUUGUACUUUACAUUUGUGUUUGUGUUUAAAGUAAUAAUUUUCCAGUACUUUUAUAAUUGGCAGAAAAGGGGGCAGAUUGGUUCAGUAAUAGAUUGAAAGGUUUUUUUUUUACUGAAUUUUAUUUAAUUUUCCCACCCCCACCACCAUGGACCUUGCCGUUGGUGCAGUGGCUUGCAUUUCUCAGCGAUACAGGUAGCUGUGCCGAAGGUGCAACCACAGUGGAGGGCUAUCUGUGGAGGGGCUAGACAAAUACGUGGUUCUUCCUGAAGAGGGGCAGCACCCUUUUCAGCAGUUGCAAGUGCAACAGUGGAUGCUUGACUGGUGUGACCUUGUAAGAUGAACCAGUCUCCUUGCUGUGCUGGUACUGUGAAUGACUGAAAGCAAGGGGAAACUACAGCAAUAAUUUUUCCUGAGGGCAUGCAGCUUUACUGUGUGGUUAAAUAAUGAUGGCAUCCUCUUGAGUAAAAUAGUCCCCCAUUCGGAUCUCCAAGCAGGGACUUCUCAAGAGGAUGUCAUCAUCAGUGGAAACAAAACAGGCAUUCUCCAUAAGAAAAUAGAAAUACAGGUGAGCUACUAUGAAUGGCAGAGUGAACACAUUCUUGUAGCCAAGAGAGAUGUGAACCCCACGGGUACCACAGUAGUACAAAUUUAUAUGCCAACUGAUUCUGCAGGUGAGGAAGAGAUUGAAUGAAUUUUCUCAUUUUGAGAGAACUGAAGGGCCAUCUGUUUAAUUGUCAUAAACCAUUCACCAGCCAAGAUCACAUAAAGUAAUGUUUUUAUUUAAGACAACUGGUUUCAUCACACUAUACUGUCAUCUUUGGGUUGUAAGAAGAUGCAUAUACAUGGAAUAUGUCUCAAAAUUAAGAUGUAACAUUUGAUGUAAAAGCUUUAUAAAAAAUGGGAGUGGACCUGUACAUUUACAUACCUUAAAAUCUUUGUUGUUAAACAUGUUCCUUUUACACUGACCUCAUGCACAAGACGUCAAGUGGAAAAAAUAGGACAUUACGAAAGCACAUAAUAGCACAACUGUUUACAUAUGCUGGACAUCUUCUAAACUGUGCGAGUCUACUUUAAAUGAUUAUACUGGCAGCCCUCGUAUUUUGAUCGUGUUGAUCACUGUAGUAGUGGUGAAGUAUAUCAGCUGGAAAGCAAGUUUCUAAUGUGUACAUAGCUGCCAACACAGAAUCUGUCUGGAGCUAUCUCAUCAAGGUUUUUGUGUGAAGAUGAGCACUCAACGGGGAAAUACACAGAGAACCAGGCCACAGGCACACCAAAAUACAAAAGCAUUUAAAAAUGACCUACAUGAUACCUCUUCUCAGACAAAGCUUAUAAAUAAUAUUGAUCUGUCUGGUGUGUGUGAAAGAUGCAAGAGCAUCUUGGAAUGGAAAAUUAAAUACAAAAAAUACAAGCCCCUAAAGGCUCCAAAAAAAUGUGUGAAAUGUGAACAGAAAAGUGUAAAAAAGGCCUACCAUACAGUCUGUUUCCCUUGUGCCAAAUUACUGAAUGUAUGCCCAAAAUGUGGUAAAAAUGAGAAAGUUAUUGAAAAACUCAUUUCUAUUGAAGAACAACUGAAAAAGGAUGCUGAACUCCAGAGACAAAUAAAGCUGCUGUCAUUGCGAAGACGACGUACACUGCUACGUUACAUUGCUAGCCUUACCAAGGGUACAAAUUCAGGCUUUGCUGUGGGAGAAGAUGAAAUGAGGAAACUGCAGGAAGAAGUUACAAAAAAACUGGAAUCACUGAAAAUAAACAAAGAUGAUGUUUUGGAUGAUUUAUUAGAUGAUCUUACUGAUGAAAGUGAUGAUGAUUGAUUACUCUGUCUCAAAGAUUUUACCAAAGAAUAUAACUUAUUUCAGUAAUAUCCUUCAUAUAUUCCCAAAACUGUAGAGUACAUAAUGUGUUUUCUUGCUAGUAGUGCAUGUGCAGCUUUAGAAUACGCUUCAGAAGGAACAAACCUAUUUUUACUAUUUUCUCUUACAUAGAGUAGAUAUAGCAUAGCUGUUUCUUAUACUAUACUUUCAUGUUAACUGGAAAUAAAUAUAUUUGUCCCAAAGUUAGCUACAAUUCACAUGUUAUCCUUAUUCCUGUGUAAAUUUUCCAUGCACUUUAGAUGUGCUCAGCAAAUAUUGUAUCUGAUUCAUGCAGCUUUUGUCUUCUUUCAUAUAGAAUUUUAUGUUGUGGUGUUGUAGGGUCUGUCUUGGGAUGCUGAACCAGUGCUUUAACCAGUAAACGUACUUCCCAACAUUUACAAAUAACUAUUUAGAAUUUUGUCUUGCAUUGUUAGACAGUAUGUGAAUGAAGAUACCUAGCAAAUGGACAAACUUGCAUUUAAGUUAAAAUUUAACAAGAAUUCGUGCAGCUCAUAGUGUAAUACAAUGAAUUUUUUCCCUCUGAUGGUGACAUUUUAUCAAAUAUUACAGAAAAAUAAAUCUUAUGAUUUUUUACAACUGAA